CUAAGCUGGCCUGCCAACCACCACAAAAACAGAGCAAAAGACAAAGAGUGUUUGUUGAAGAAGAGCAGAAGUAACCGCUGAAGGUUUAACAGCCUGAGUUUACUUGAUGAAGGAAAGGUAGAAGAUGGAGGUUCACGGUGGAGUUCAGAUCAACAUGGCAGCUCAGACCGGAGGGAGUAUCUGUGCUCCGGUUCUCAAUGGAAGUUCUAUUGGAGGUCCAGUCACACUGAUCUACAUCAUACACGGAGGUCAGGGAGGUUCCAGUUCCAGUUCCAGCUCACCUCAGACUGGUUCUCCUGCUGCUCCUGAACUCACUGAUGUCCAGGUCAACAGCAUUAGCAUUAGCAGCACCAAGGAGCAAACCAUCAUCAGCCUGUGUGACGGAGAGGUGACCGUGCUGAUCAAACCGAAACCAAAGGGCCGAGUCACGCUGGAGGAGGAGACCCUCAGCAUCUUCAGGGAUUUUUACCAGGGAUACAGGAGCCAAAACCAACACCCAGCCUUGGAGACGAUGAGCAGGGUGGUGGAUGGGAUCCUCCACAAACACAGUGCUGCCUUCAGCAGUAUGGUCCAGAAGUUGUGUUUGGAGCAACAAGAUGACAGCAUGAAGUUUGUUCGCUGUGUGGCUGAAACCUUGUUCGAUGAUGGUGUCGUCCACUGGGCACGGAUUGCCAGUCUGGUGGCGUUCGGUGCGGUGGUCUGUGAGCGGCUGAAGGAGGUGGGCAGAGAACAGUGUGUGGAGAACGUCAUACAACACACCUCAACGUACCUCAGCACAGACCAGCGACAGUGGCUCAUCAACAACAAAGCCUGGGGUGGCUUUGUGGAGUUCUUCCGCGAGGACGACCCUGAGAGCCGUGUGUGGAACACUUUGAAGAGCUUUGUCAUCGCUGGGGGGGUGGGGGUGGGGAUAGCACUACUGACGCGCUGAAGGGGUGUGGUCAAACGCAGUUAGCAUGACUACAUUCAGCACAUGGUCUGAUAAAGUCUUAGAUAACUCCUUUGAUAUUACUGGUCAUACCAGCAGAACCUGGUCAGACUGUAAUUUCUCCAUGUCUGCUAGGCUGAGUGAAACGUUUAGCCUGAAUCUUUAGCAUUAACGUUGGUUAGCUAGGCCAGUACUCUUAACUCAUAGGUGUAGCACUGAAUAAGGCGACGUGCUACUAGGCAACUACAAUGGAGAGGUUUAGUUAAACCUUUUCUCCAUAUCAGGUAAAAGCAUUAAUAUAUUGUGUUUAACGAUUGUGUCUGAAAAUAUCUGACAGUCAUAUUAGAGCAAUACGAACAUUCAAAAUGUGAUGAUACAUUAAACUAAUAAAUCUGUAGACAAAAAAAAAUCAUUUAAAUUAAUGAUAAAAGCUCUUUGUCCACCAGAUGAGGGCAUUGUUAAGGUUAAAUGCUAUCAGGAAUGUGAUGAUAAUUCAAAAAUUAAACAUAAUAUCAGCACAAAGGGACGUUAAUCAUCACCGCUGUGGUUUAGUUAAUAAUAAAAUACCUAAAGAACCUGUAGAAAAUAUAAAACAAUAAUUAAAGCAUAACUAAAAAGUAAAAGUUACUAAAAUCAAAAGAAGAUAAAUAGCACAUAAGGAGGUCAAUAUCAAAAAAGAAACUAAAAUUAAUUCAAAUGACUGAAAUAAUAAUAAUAAUAAUAAUAAUAAUAAUAGAAUAAGAAUAUGGAUAAUAAUAAACAAAUAAACAAUUGGGAAAAUAAAUAAUAAAUAAAUAAUGACCGUAAUGGUAAAAAAAUCUGGUAAAAUGACUGAGUGACCCAGCGAGCUGAGCUGUAGUGGUUCCUGUAGUGAGGGUCCAGUUUGCUGGUGCUCUGAAACUGAAGACUGUUUUUCCCAGUUCAGUAAAAACCCUGGAGCGAGUCUGAUAAUCUCCAUCAUUUACAGACGUCGCUGAAGUAAUAUAUGCUCUGUGUAUAUAAUGUAAUUUUAUGUAUAUAUACUGUAUGAUGUGUACAUGAUGAGUAUGAUUAGCACUUCUAGAACACUGAAUAACUGCAUGGACAACAAUAAAGACAGAUUUAGGCCAAUUACAGUGGGCCUGUAAACAACAAUGACCGGUGUGAAGUAACCUGCAGCUGAUUGGAUGACAUUAUUAUUAUAUACUUUAAUUUCAUUUAUUUUUACAGAGUGUUUGAUUUUUUUUUUUUACUCUUUCUUUCCAAAUUGUUUAUUUCUGUAAACUGUGUGUUUCUAAAAGUGCUUCUAACUGAACGGUUUCAUUUGAAAACCCAUUUUUAUGAUACACGUUGCUGGGAGCUUUAAACAAACAAUACAUAUCAGUGUUAUAUUAUGAUUGACGCCAUCUUUACAUGUCUUUUCACUCUUCUUUUCAAAACUGUUAGAAACGGAUAUGAACCAUUCUGGAAUUAAGGUUCUCUGAUUAUGUCCUGAAAUAAGACACACAUUAUCAGUAGUGCUGUAUCCAGAAUCAGCAGGAGAGCCAGAACUUCAGAUUGAACAGAGUCCAGUGAUUCUGUUUUACACAAACAAUAAUAAUAUGAUCGUUAUCUGAUUUCGGCAGGUACUCUAUUAUUUAAGGGGUCACUUUAGCAGAUAGAGGCCUGGAGUUUAGCUCAGUAAUGAGGAUAUUCACCCCUUCUAUUACCUUAGUCUGAUUUAUUUAGUGUUUCUGCAUCUGCGGAUGUGCUCAGUCAGAGCCGUGCAGAGAAGAGCUGCCUGAGGAGGAAAUGAAAGGAAGUAAAAGGUGAGACAUUUCAGCAAAAUGAAGUUUCAGCACCUGAAAGAAGUCAAACUAUUCAGAACUAAUGAUCAGCUAAAAGUAGUGAAUAAAAAAUUAAUCUAAAUGAAAUAAUCAACUAAGAGAAGCACAGAGAAUUGUAAAAUAAAAAUAACCGACUUUAAAACAAAGACCAUCAAAUCUGAAAGAUCAAAGACCAUCAAAUCUGAAAGAUCGAAGACCAUCAAAUCAGAAAGAUCAAAGACCAUCAAAUCUGAAAGAUCGAAGACCAUCAAAUACUAUAAAAUAUGAUCUCUGCGUUCGUUAUGUUUGUCUGGUUUUGAGGUUUUGUUUCUAAUUAAACUACCCAAUAAAUGUUUUCCAGUGA